CAUUUGGCUAACGGAUAAGUGAUGGGGGGCGUAGAAUUAGAAUAGAAGGUUGCUUACUUGGCUGAGGCACAGAGAGGAAAUGGCUGUGUUGUCCACCACCGCCACGGUGUCCAUCCCCGGCAACAAUGUUCAUACUACUCAGGAAACCAAGUUUGGAUCCUCAAUUUUUGUCGGCUUCAGAGCCAAGCCCCGUAGAUUUUGCAUCAGAUGCUCCGUUGCUAGUGAUUCCUCGCCGGACGCCACUGCCACACAAUCCGAUUCGGAGACUGCCAUUGAAGUUCCCGAAGAAUCUUCCUCUCUGAUUUCUGCUCUUAAUGUCGAAAGGGCUCUCCGUGGCAUACCGAUUACAGAUGUUGACCAUUAUGGUAGACUCGGCAUUCCCAGAGGAAGUUCAUACGAAAAGGUGGCAGUAGCAUAUGAUAGCAAGGUUGAGGAGUUGAAGAAUGAAGGGUUAGAGGAAGACGAACUGAACAAGAAACUGGAACAUCUCAAAGAAUCAUAUUCAGUUUUAUCGUCUAAAGAAGAGAGAAGAAUGUAUGACUGGAGCUUGGCUAGGUCGGAGAAUACAGAUCAAUACGUUUGGCCCUUCGAGGUUGACAUAACGCAAACCCCUCAAGGCACUCCUCCUCUGCAGGAGCCAGAGGAAGACGGACCAACCAGAGUGGUAGGGUACUUCCUGUUGGGAUGGGUAUUAAUAUCAUUUGUGCUAUCGAUCGCACUAAGUUAAUGAGCAGAAAGUCUCAGUAUUUGUGCUUCCGACGCGUCCUCUCGUUCUGAAAGCACUUGUAUAAAAUUCUAUGGUCUUAAAUCAUUUUAAACUCGUUGAUUUAUUGUUCAUCAUUGCACAUGGUUGGUUAACAAGCACUAAAAUACAGUUUGUACUAGCAAACUUGGUACAGGAAUGUCCACUGUUUCUGCCUUCGCAGGAAUGAAUGAAACAAAAGAAAAAGUUAUGAUAAA